UUGGGAGGAUGAUUCUUCGAUUGUGGUGUUGGCACGCGCACGGGGCACUUGUUCUGGGCGCGCGGCAGCGAUGGCGCGCUCCAGCAGCGGCUAGAUUGUACUGUUCUUGUCAAGCGGAUCUUUCGCGUGUGCUUGAGAAGGCAGACAGAGCUGUCGAGAGGCAAGAGGUUUUGCACACGGAUUUCCUGACACCACCCGCAUUGCAAGAGUCGCUUGCGUGCGUGAGAAAGCUCGCGGAUGUUGGAGUGGUUGUCUCUGGGGGCUACGCUCAGGCUGAAAGAUGUCGUCUAUCACUUGGCCCUGCCGAUCUGAUAAGAGCUUCCCAAUGCAGCGCCGGUGGAUAUCCUGGAGCAGUAUCAGCAUUGAGUGUUUCUGGCAAGUUCGUCCAUGAUGCAGCCAACCAUGGGGAUUUUCUUGGAGCAGUCCUGGGAACAGGAAUUGUUCGCGAGAAAGUUGGAGACAUUAUCGUUCUGGAUUGUUCUCAAGGUGCGCAAAUCCUAGUCGCCCCGGAGCUCGUCGAGUAUCUUAUCGCCUCUCUCAAGCAGGUGAGAACCAUUUCAGUCCAAUGCAAAGAAAUACCACUCGCCGAGAUAGAAAUCCAUAAACCAAGGGUGAAGGCUUUGAAAUCUGUGGAAGCAUCGUUGAGGCUGGACGCUGUUGCCAGUGCAGGGUUUAAGCUCUCGCGUUCUAAGCUUGCAGACUUGAUAAGCAAAGGGGACGUAAGAUUGAAUUGGAAAGAGGCAACAAAGAGCAACACGAGCUUGAAAUCUGGGGAUGUUAUCUCCCUCGCUGGUAAAGGAAGACUCCAGAUCGGUGAGAUCGAAACAACAAAGAAAGGAAAAUUUUCCGUGGAAAUGAUCUGCUAUGAAUAAAGAGCAAACCAGGAAAAGUUGUUUGAAGAUCAACAUCAAGCCGUUGUCACCAUUUGCGACCACACAAAUUACUUUGGUGGCCUAUUAAAUUGAAUUAAUUAUGUUUUAUAAUU